AUUGCCAGCCCAUGAUUUUCCCAAUAAUAUCUCAAUGGCAUCCGGAAGCUAAGCUGCCUCCCUACCAGAUCUCAAAUGCUGCAUACUCUCCCUUUGAAAACCUAAGCAGUCGCUUAACCUAGCUCUCGCUUGCCAUGGCCUCACGGCGGAUCCUCGCUUCCUUACUUCGCGCUUCCUCUCGCCGUUUCUCAUCUCCCAAAUCCUCCUUCCCCAAUCCCAGACCUCCCAUUCCAUCUCCGAUCUCUCGCCCUUCACCCACUGGUUUCCUCCUCUCCCGCGCCGUCGAGUUUGCUACCGCCGCCGCUGCGCCUGCGCCUUCCCCACCAUCGCCCGCCAAAGCUUCGGGUGGUCCCAGUGGCAAGGUCACAGAUGAGUUUACUGGCGCUGGCGCUGUCGGCCGUGUAUGCCAAGUGAUCGGAGCCGUCGUUGACGUGCGGUUUGAUGAAGGACUACCGCCGAUCCUGACUGCUCUCGAGGUGCUGGACAACCAAAUCCGCCUUGUCUUGGAGGUGGCACAGCACUUGGGUGAGAAGAUGGUGAGGACGAUCGCUAUGGACGGAACAGAGGGGCUUGUGCGGGGACAGAGGGUGUUGAACACCGGAUCACCGAUUACCGUACCUGUGGGUAGGUCUACCCUUGGCCGCAUCAUGAAUGUUAUUGGAGAGCCUAUUGAUGAGAGGGGAGAAAUAAAGACCAAUCACUUCCUUCCUAUCCAUCGCGAGGCUCCUGCCUUUGUUGAUCAAGCAACAGAGCAGCAAAUCCUUGUUACUGGUAUCAAGGUUGUUGAUCUUCUUGCACCUUAUCAGAGGGGUGGUAAGAUAGGCCUAUUUGGUGGUGCUGGUGUGGGGAAAACUGUCCUUAUCAUGGAACUUAUUAAUAAUGUUGCUAAAGCUCAUGGUGGGUUUUCUGUCUUUGCUGGCGUUGGAGAACGAACUCGCGAAGGCAAUGACUUGUACCGGGAAAUGAUUGAAAGUGGUGUGAUUAAGCUUGGUGAUAAGCAAGAUGAGAGCAAGUGUGCUCUUGUUUAUGGGCAAAUGAAUGAGCCACCAGGUGCUCGUGCUCGUGUUGGGCUUACUGGACUUACUGUGGCUGAGUAUUUCCGUGAUGCUGAAGGGCAAGAUGUGCUGCUCUUCAUUGAUAAUAUUUUCCGGUUCACUCAGGCAAAUUCUGAGGUGUCUGCCUUGCUUGGUCGUAUUCCAUCUGCUGUUGGCUACCAACCGACUCUAGCUACUGACCUUGGAGGAUUACAAGAGCGCAUCACAACAACAAAGAAGGGCUCUAUUACUUCUGUGCAAGCUAUUUAUGUCCCUGCUGAUGACUUGACAGAUCCAGCACCAGCUACCACUUUUGCACAUCUUGAUGCCACAACUGUGUUGUCAAGACAGAUCUCUGAACUUGGUAUCUAUCCUGCUGUUGAUCCGCUUGAUUCCACAUCGAGAAUGCUUUCUCCCCAUGUCUUAGGAGAAGAGCACUACAACACUGCUCGUGGUGUUCAGAAGGUUCUUCAAAACUAUAAGAACCUUCAAGAUAUCAUUGCAAUUCUUGGAAUGGAUGAGCUCAGUGAAGAUGAUAAGCUUACUGUUGCUCGUGCUCGUAAGAUCCAGCGUUUCCUGAGCCAGCCUUUCCAUGUUGCUGAAGUUUUCACUGGUGCACCUGGAAAGUAUGUGGACUUGAAGGAGUGUAUCAGUAGUUUUCAGGGUGUUCUUGACGGUAAAUAUGAUGAUCUACCUGAGCAGUCAUUUUACAUGGUGGGCGGUAUUGAAGAGGUCAUUGCCAAGGCUGAGAAGAUUUCCAAGGAGUCAAGUUCCUAAGAAAGAACCUUCAAUCUUUUUAAUAAUUGUUUGAUGUUUUGUAGUGUCUUGCUUCUGGGGAACACAAUUUUUUAAGUCAAUUGUGCUGAAGUAGAAUUCAUUUACGAUGAUGGCAUAUUUCUGUAGCUUCUUAGAAGAUUGCUGCAGGUACCCCACCCAUAGGGCUUUCUUUUGCCCAAUAAUAGUACUGACAUUUGUUUGAAUUCUUGCAUGUGGAUUCCAACGAUGUCAAUUGUACCAGAGAAUUUUCUUUUCCGUGAACAAUUGACUAUUCUCUUGUUUGAAAAUGUUGGGAUAUGCUAACUCUUUAUCGUCUGCAAUGUCUGCUUUAGAUC